AUGGCUCUCUCUCAGCCCACUUCUACCUCUACCUCGACCUCAACCUCUCAAUCUCAACUCUCUCAUAUAUCCGUCGCUAACCACCUGACCUCCUCUGCUCGCCCGGUCUCCGUCUCCGUCUCCCCCACUGCUGCGCUUUCGUCCAAAUCGAAGGACUCGUCGACGUCGACCAUCCGCUCCGUUCCUUCCCUUGCCGAACCUUCUCCUCCCGCCUCACCUUCCCAGAACAACGACAGACAGGCCAACAUCUACAAACACCGUCAGUCGACGCUCUCGACCGCCUCGUCCAAACAAAAUCGGAGUGGCAUCUUCAAUUUUGCUGCAUUGGCUCGGGACAAAACCACCAGCGCAAUUGCGAGUUUCUCAGAACCGGCGCUCCGCAGUCGACCGUCGUCUGGAAGUCUAUACCGAACUGCGCAGAGCUCUCCCGUGCAGGAAGCACCGAACAAUACUAAAGGGGCGAGAUCGGUUGAAUCAAUAGGAAGCGGUCGGAACAAUACCAAUUCACCCAAGACUAGCACUACCCCACCUCAAACGACUACUUCGCACGCGAGAACCGACACCUUGAGUUCUACCACCUCUUUGCUGGAGACCGAUCCUCCUUCUCAAGCAUACGCGAAUACCUCCAGCGACACACCACCUCCAAUUGCGUUUGUUCCACCGACAAACUACAAUAAGAUGCACCAAACAAGUUCGCGCUUAUUGCGCAUGACCUCUGAUGAGAGACCGUUCACCAGGGACUUCAAAGACCUCUUCUCGACCUUGGUUGUCAGCUUACCAUUACAAGCACACCGAGUACGAUUUAUCCGCAUCGAGCACUCGUUUCUGUCUGAGGAGGCCAUAAACAACUUGGGAUCAUUGAAGUUUUCUCAGUCCAAUCGCAUGCCCGAUCCGAAGGACCCGUCCAGGAUAGUUACGACGACCACAACCACCACUUUCUCGAUGGCCCGGGAGAUGGCUCGUUCGGUUUGUCAGCGAUUUCUGGAUGCCCGAUUCAUCGAAUCUGCAGACGGAAAGCAAGCAAAGGAGUUCACCAUGAAGAGUUCUGUAUGGCAGUUGACACCGAAGGGCAUUCACAUCUUGGAGAGAUUUUGCUCGAAGAACGGCAUUCAACAGAAGCAUGUCGGGGAAUUGAUCAGCUCUCCUAGAAAUACUAUGCAAUUGGUGAUUCUUGAGCGAGAUACGGCCACUGACAAGCUCUCUUCGGACCGUAGCACGAUUGAGGUGAUCUUCCGGAGAUUUGUUGGUACCAAUGGACCGAAUGUCAAGACCAGCACGAGUUCCGCGGAUUCCGACUCUCUCAGUGAAUACAAGGAUGGUCUUGCAGGUGUCAGAAUGGCUAGCGAGCGCAAGAUCGGAACUCCUCCUCGUACCAUGUAUCAAACUUUCACUGGGAAGGCUGCGACAGAUUGGUUGAUGGACUGCUGUACCACUGUAGAUCGAAGAGAGACUUCAGAAAUUGCAGGCCUCUUUCUGGAUCAAGAAUUGAUCUGGUGUGUGCAAUCAGAUCGAGCUUUCCUUGCCGGAAUUCCAGCCCAGGAGAAGGAGAGACCAAUCUUCCAACCAACAAAGCAUGCAAUCUACCAACUGACGCAAAAGGGCAAAGAUGUGGUCAGCAUGACAUUGAGGGAGCGAACUUCGGAGAGUGGUGAGCCAUCUGCCACUUCUGCCAGAGCAGGAGUCUCGAGGGAUUCGAAUACGCAGAAGCUGGAUAAGAUCUUGAACGAUCCUGCUCUUCGAUUGCUGUUCCGUGAGAAUUUGCGAGACACCCAUUGCGAGGAGAAUCUCUCAUUCUACUUGGACGUGGACGAGUUUCUUAAGUCUUGCAAGAAUGCCAUCAAGGCCAAUUCUCCGUCAAGAAGUGGGAAGGGAUCUCCAUCCGGAAAUCUCGAUGCCGUAAAGGAGACGAUGGCUUCUGCUUAUGGAAUCUACAAUGCUUUCUUGGCUCCAGGAUCUCCUUGCGAACUCAAUAUCGAUCAUCUGCUGCGAAAUCAACUGGCCACCAGAAUGACAAAGGCUGUUGGUCAAGAUGCCGCCAUGGUCGAAAGUCUGAAGGAGGUCACGAAGCUCUUCGAGGAAGCACAGCUUUCCGUUUUCAAGCUCAUGGCUAGUGAUUCCGUACCAAAAUUCAUGAAGAGCUCAAAAUACGAGCAAACCCUAAAGAAUUAUGACUUCGAUUCCAUCGCUCCUCGAUACAACAACGUCACCCUCCCCGAACGAAGCAUGAGCAGAUCCAAUCGAUGA